GUUUAUUUGAGGUACAAGGGGGCUUGUCAGAAUUGUACAGCAUGAUUGGCAAGGUCACAGGGAAGAAUGCAUUGAUUAACUAUGGCUUCUAUGGUUGCCACUGUGGUUGGGGAGGCAAAGGAACCCCCAAGGAUGCUACUGACUGGUGCUGUUUGGCCCAUGACUGCUGCUAUUCAAAGCUGAAGCAACUCUGUGUGUGUGAUCGAACAGUUGCUUACUGUAUGAAGAAAAACCUGAAGAGUUACAAAGUGAAAUAUCGCCACUACUCCAAUUUCCUGUCUGGGCUGACUGACCUUGCCUGUGAGCUGUCUCCAGGAUCCCCGCUGUCAUGA